AUGGAGGGUAUUGCUGAGUGUGCUCUCGAUGAUUUCCUCGCAUGUGAGAGGUAUCCGAAUUGGCAUAUGGCGGAAGUCAGCACUGGGACCACAUUGGUUGCUUGCGAAUAUGACGAAGGUGUUGUAAUAGGAGCUGAUUCUCGCACGUCCUCCGGGGUGUACGUAUCGAACCGAGUGACUGAUAAGCUCACUCCACUUACCAAAUAUAUUUAUUGCUGUCGUUCGGGCUCUUCAGCGGAUACACAGGCCAUAACUGAUGUCGUAAAAUAUCAGCUGGAGUUUCACUCCAUCCAAAUGGGUCGUGAGCCUACUGUAGCAGAAGCUGCUACAACUAUGCAAAACUUGUGUUACGGUUAUCGAGACAGUCUUACUGCCGGUAUGUUUGUAGCUGGUUGGGAUGCUGAAAAUGGCGGCCAAAUUUAUGCAAUUCCCGUUGGAGGUAUGCUUAUCAGGCAACCAGCGGUACUUGGUGGUAGCGGAAGUAGUUAUCUCUAUGGUUACUUUGAUGCACGAUUUACGCCUAAUUUGACGAAGGAAGAAGCAGCGGAAUUCGUCAGCACAUGCGUCGGUCUGGCAAUAAACAGGGAUGGGUCGAGUGGUGGUUGUAUCCGGCUUGGAAUCAUCUCACGCGACGGCGUUGAACGCAGGCUUAUCAAAGGUGACGAAGUUCCCAUGUACUCAUGCAAGGCGUAA